CUCGAUCGGGCAACAACAAAUCAAACACGUACAAGAAAGCUCAAGAUCCCAGUUCAGCAAUACUAACUUUUCCUGUUCCCCUUUUUUGCUCUCUCUUCCAGAAAAGUAACAUGUCUACCUCACCAGCUCCCAUCGUGGAGGACAAGAUGGUUGUUCCUCCUCGUAUUACUAAUGAUCACGAUACUCAUCAUCAUCUUCAUCGCAGCAGUUGUGGAGUUGAUGCCAAAGUCAACGAUCCAAAGGAGGUGGUGCUUGAAUCGGCGAGAGCGGAGAUGGGGGAGGUGAGGGAAGAGAACGAGAGGCUAAAGCUGACGUUGGAGAAGAUGAUGAGGGAUUACAGCUCCCUUCGCCGCAAUUUCCUCGACUUUCUUGGUAAUCAAGGUACUGCAACGGCGGCGUCUAGUUCCAAGAUGUUGGCAGCAGCAGUAGAUCGUGAUGAUCAAGAGCUCUCGCUUUGCUUGGGAAGUGGCGCUGGUACGAAUGAUGAUCGGAUUCAGGAGAAAUCUUCCAGCACAAGUACGACGACUACUACUACUACUUCUUCAUCGGGGAACAAUAAGGAAGAAGAGGUCAAGGCAGAUGGGAGCUGCAGCCUCACACUGGGCCGAGGGUUGACCGUGGAUCAUGAUGAUGCCAAAUUCCCUGUAGAUAACUUGGGCUCCUCUUCUCAUCGUAAUACCAAGAUUAACCGCCCACGUGGUGAAGAAGCGGUGAAGGAUGACAAGGCAGCAGUUCAUGAAACGUGGGAUCCAAGCAAAGCGCCAACGAAGAGGGUUUAUAGUAGUAGGGAUGAUUCUCAUCCUGAUCAGGAUCAUGAGCCGUCGCAGCAGCAACAAAACCAAGCUAAGAGAGCUAGGGUUUGCGUUAGAGCCAGAUGCCAAACCCCCACGAUGAAUGAUGGAUGCCAAUGGAGGAAAUAUGGGCAGAAAAUAGCCAAGGGGAACCCUUGCCCGCGAGCUUACUAUCGUUGCACCGUUGCACCAUCAUGCCCCGUCAGAAAACAGGUGCAAAGAUGUGCCGAUGACAUGUCAAUCCUGAUCACCACAUACGAGGGAACCCACAACCACCCGGUUCCAGCUUCCGCCGCCGCCAUGGUCUCCACCACCUCCGCCGCCGCAUCCAUGUUGCUCUCCGGCUCCUCCACGUCAUCUCCGCCGUCUCAGUACUACACCACUCCCUCCCCGUUGUUCCCCACCAUCACCCUAGACCUCACCGCGCCUCCCACCACCUCCGGUGCCGGCGGCCUUCCUCUAUUCGCUCCACCUUCAUCAUCGAGACCACUACAGUACUUUCCACCUAGCCUCAGCUUUGCCAGCUCAUCACCAUACCCCAAUGUAACUAGCAAUAAUAAUGGAUCCAACCAACAGGCUGUUUUGACGGAGACGUUGACCAAGGCGUUAACUUCCGACCCAAGCUUCCGCACCGUCAUAGCCGCCGCUCUUACUUCCAUGAUGAGCAACGGAGCAUCCUCGUCGUCUUCUUCCCCGGCGACGACUGGUAUUGCUUCACAACGUCGUGAUGGAGGGAGUAGCAGUUUGGGAAUGGGGUACUAUUCUUCAUCGUCGUUGUCAUCUUCAUCGUCAUAUUUACCGACUACGUUUCCAUUCAACAUUCUUAACAGUGCUUCCGUCUCUGCUGCUGCUACUACUAACACCACUACCCAAGAAUGAAGUAGCUAUAGCCUAUAUAUAGCUAGCUAGUAGUAAUUAAUGGUGGUAAUUUUAGAGUUUGGAUACCAUUUGGUGAGUCUCAUAAAGUUUUGUUGCUCUCUGGUAAGUAAAUUUAAAUGCCAGUUUGCAUGCAUCCAAAUUGACCAAGUGUACGUAUAAAUAGUUUGCAUGCAUCCAUGCAAUUAAUAACAAAAUUACAGCUUUUAAUUAUUGGCCUGAUAUUUGAAUUUCUAUAUUUUGUUUUACAUACUGAAGCACCAAGAAAAUUGUAAUUUAUUAUAGUUUUUUUUAUUUGGAAUCACUCGAGAGGCGGUAGAGAUUAUAUGAAUAAGAUUUACAUUCGAAG